AUGCUAACAAACAGGAAACUCCGUCUCCAAGCCACUUCGGAAACUGGGCUUUUCCUUCCGCGACAGGGGUCGCGCCCGGACAGGAAGCUGACCAGCCGCUCGCCCCUCGCCCUCGUGGCCCCGCCCCCGCCUCGGCCCCGCCUCCCGCGCGCGGCCCUGCCCCUGCCCCGGCCCCGCCCCCCGGCCGGGCAUGCUCAGUGGGCCGGGUCGGGUUGGCAGGUUUGCGUGGCUGUCCGUGGUUGCCGGCGCCGGCUCAGCCCGCCGACGCCACGUCCAGUCGUUGCAGCUCGUUCCUGGGAAGUUACAUGCGGAAGCGGCUCGCAGGGAGCCGGCAGGCGGGCCGCGGAGGGCUCGGUGCUGCCGAGCGUUGAGCGGGCGGGCCCGUGCCGGUGGCGGGGCUGCGGCCGCCGCGCUCGGAGGGAGGUGCCGGCCGGGCGCCCCCCGUGGGGAGCCCCGGGCGGGGCUGGCGCGGCGCGGACUUUUGUCCUAGUUGAGUCCCCUCCCCGUGGGCCGGGCCUUUCCGGCGCCCCCGCCCCGCUCGCUCCCGGGAGAUGUUUAUCUGGGCAGCUGCGUGAGGAGCCGGUGGCUGGCGGCGAGGAGUCUCGGGUCCGAGGAGUGUCGUGUGGCACCGGAGAGACAAGAUGUCUGCCAGGGCCGCGGCCGCCAAGGUGCGCGCUUCGGGGCCCCGUUCCGCCGGGGGCCCGUCUCCCUCCUCCUGCGGGCUGGCUGCCGGGCCGGGGCCCGAGGAGCGGGCGGCCGGCCGGGGGUGGGGACGGCUGGGGCCCAGGCAGGUGCAUCGCGGCGGCGUCGCUGGCAGUCCCCGGCUCAUUCCUGCGCGGGGAGGGAGCAGGGCGGGCGGGAACGCGCAACAGGUCCCGCCGGGAAGCCGGGCGCGGGGAGCGGAGGUCGGGCCGGAGCCACCCCGGUGGGCGGCGGCUGCUGUCUUUGCCGGAGUGGUUGGUCCCUGGCGAAACCGUGUGGUUUCGAUCUGAUGUCACUGUCGCUGGUAUGCGCGCGCCCGCGACAAGACAUUGGGACGGCAAACACUCAGCCCGUGUGGAUUCUCAGUAUCGAUAUGAAGUGAGCACUACUGUUAUUCCCCAGUUUAUGGAUGAGGAGAUUGAAACACAGAGAGAUAAAAACACAGCAAUGGAGGAAACAGCUAUAUGGGAACAACACACAGUGACACUUCACAGGGCUCCUGGAUUUGGAUUUGGAAUUGCAAUAUCUGGUGGAAGAGAUAAUCCUCAUUUCCAGAGUGGGGAAACCUCGAUAGUGAUUUCAGAUGUGCUUAAAGGAGGACCCGCAGAAGGGCAGCUGCAGGAAAAUGACCGAGUCGCGAUGGUUAAUGGUGUUUCAAUGGAUAAUGUUGAACAUGCUUUUGCUGUUCAGCAACUAAGGAAAAGUGGAAAAAAUGCAAAAAUUACCAUUCGAAGGAAAAAGAAAGUUCAGAUACCAGUAAGUCGUCCUGAUCCUGAACCAGUAUCUGAGAAUGAAGAAGAUAGUUAUGAUGAGGAAGUACACGACCCGAGAAGUGGCCGUGGGGGCAUGGUUAACAGGAGGAGUGAAAAGAGCUGGGCCAGGGAUAGAAGUGCAAGUCGAGAGAGGAGUCUGUCUCCGCGAUCUGAUAGGCGAUCUGUGGCUUCCAGUCAACCUGCCAGACCCACCAAAGUCACACUGGUGAAAUCCCGGAAAAACGAAGAAUAUGGUCUUCGAUUGGCCAGCCAUAUAUUUGUAAAGGAAAUUUCACAAGAUAGUUUGGCAGCAAGAGAUGGCAAUAUUCAAGAAGGCGAUGUUGUAUUGAAGAUAAAUGGUACCGUGACGGAAAAUAUGUCAUUGACAGAUGCAAAGACAUUGAUAGAGAGGUCUAAAGGCAAGUUAAAGAUGGUAGUUCAGAGAGAUGAGCGGGCUACCCUGCUGAAUGUCCCUGAUCUUUCUGACAGUAUCCACUCUGCUAAUGCCUCUGAGAGAGAUGACAUUUCAGAAAUUCAGUCACUGGCAUCAGAUCAUUCCGGUCGAUCACACGACCGGCCUCCCCGUCACAACCGAUCACGAUCUCCUGACCAGCGGUCAGAGCCUUCUGACCAUUCUAGACAGUCUCCACAGCAGCCCAGCAAUGGCAGUCUCCGGAGCAGAGAGGAAGAGAGAAUUUCUAAACCCGGGGCUGUCUCAACUCCUGUAAAGCAUGCAGAUGAUCACACACCUAAAACAGUGGAAGAAGUUGUAGUUGAAAGAAAUGAGAAACAAACACCCAGUCUUCCAGAACCAAAGCCUGUGUAUGCUCAGGUUGGACAGCCAGAUGUGGAUUUACCUGUCAGUCCAUCUGAUGGGAUCCUGCCUAAUGCAACUCAUGAAGAUGGGAUUCUUCGGCCCAGCAUGAAAUUAGUAAAAUUCAGGAAAGGAGAUAGUGUGGGUUUGCGGCUGGCCGGUGGAAAUGAUGUUGGAAUAUUUGUAGCUGGCGUUCUUGAAGAUAGCCCUGCUGCCAAAGAAGGCUUGGAAGAGGGUGAUCAGAUUCUCAGGGUAAACAACGUAGACUUCACAAAUAUCAUAAGAGAAGAAGCUGUCCUUUUUCUGCUUGACCUGCCAAAAGGAGAAGAAGUGACCAUACUGGCUCAGAAGAAGAAGGAUGUUUAUCGUCGCAUCGUAGAAUCAGAUGUAGGAGAUUCUUUCUAUAUUAGAACCCAUUUUGAAUAUGAAAAGGAAUCUCCCUAUGGACUUAGUUUUAACAAAGGAGAGGUGUUCCGUGUUGUGGAUACUUUGUACAACGGAAAACUGGGCUCUUGGCUUGCUAUUCGAAUUGGCAAAAAUCAUAAGGAGGUAGAACGAGGCAUCAUCCCUAAUAAGAACAGAGCUGAGCAGUUAGCCAGUGUACAGUACACACUUCCAAAGACGGCAGGAGGAGACCGCGCCGACUUCUGGAGAUUCCGAGGUCUGCGUAGCUCCAAGAGAAAUCUGCGCAAGAGCAGAGAAGAUUUGUCAGCUCAGCCGGUUCAGACAAAGUUCCCAGCAUAUGAGAGAGUUGUUCUUCGAGAAGCUGGAUUUCUGAGGCCUGUAACCAUCUUUGGACCAAUAGCUGAUGUUGCCAGAGAAAAGCUGGCCAGAGAAGAACCAGAUAUUUAUCAGAUUGCAAAAAGUGAACCUCGAGAUGCUGGAACUGACCAACGGAGCUCUGGCAUUAUUCGCCUUCAUACAAUAAAGCAAAUAAUAGAUCAAGAUAAACAUGCUUUAUUGGAUGUGACACCAAAUGCAGUUGAUCGUCUGAAUUACGCCCAGUGGUAUCCAAUUGUAGUGUUCCUUAACCCUGAUUCUAAGCAAGGUGUGAAAACAAUGAGGAUGAGGUUGUGUCCAGAAUCUCGGAAAAGCGCCAGGAAAUUAUAUGAGCGGUCUCAUAAACUUCGUAAAAAUAAUCACCAUCUUUUUACAACUACAAUUAAUUUAAAUUCAAUGAAUGAUGGUUGGUAUGGCGCAUUGAAAGAAGCAAUUCAGCAACAACAGAACCAGUUGGUGUGGGUUUCUGAGGGAAAGGCGGAUGGUGCUACAAGUGAUGACCUUGAUUUGCAUGAUGAUCGUCUGUCCUACCUGUCAGCCCCAGGUAGUGAAUACUCAAUGUAUAGCACGGACAGUAGACAUACUUCUGACUAUGAAGAUACAGAUACAGAAGGCGGGGCCUACACUGAUCAAGAACUAGAUGAGACUCUUAAUGAUGAGGUGGGGACUCCCCCGGAGUCUGCCAUUACACGGUCCUCUGAGCCUGUCAGAGAGGACUCCUCUGGAAUGCAUCAUGACCACCAGACAUAUCCUCCUUACUCACCACAAGCGCAGCCACAGCCAGUUCAUAGAAUAGACUCCCCUGGACUUAAGACAGCCUCUCAACAGAAAGCAGAAGCCUCAUCUCCAGGCCCUUACCUUUCGCCUGAAACAAACCCAGCAUCAUCAACCUCUGCUGUUAAUCCUAAUGUAAACUUAACUAAUGUCAGACUGGAGGAGCCCACCCCAGCUCCUUUCACCUCUGACUCACCACAAGCUGAUUCUUUAAGAGCACCACGCACUGAGGCAGCUCACAUAAUGCUAAGAGGUCAAGAGCCAUCAUUGUCGUCGCAUGUAGAUCCAGCAAAGGUAUAUAGGAAGGAUCCCUAUCCUGAGGAAGUGAUGAGACAGAACCAUGUUUUGAAGCAGCCAGCUGUUGCUCACCCAGGGCAGAGGCUAGACAAGGAGCCCAGUCUGAGCUAUGAGCCGCAGCCCCCAUACGCAGAGAGACAGGCCAGCAGGGACGUGGAGCAGCCUGCCUACAGAUACGACUCCUCAAACUACGCAGACCAGUUUCCUCGAAACUAUGACCAUCGUCUGCGCUAUGACGACCGCAUCCCUGCGUAUGAGGAGCAGUGGUCCUAUUAUGAUGACAAACAGCCGUACCAGCCCCGGCCUUCUUUUGAUAAUCAGCAUCCGCGAGACCUGGACUCCAGACAGCAUCCCGAGGAGUCCUCAGAACGAGGGUAUUUCCCACGUUUUGAGGAGCCAACCCCUCUGUCCUAUGAAAGCCGACCGCGCUACGACCCGCCACUCAGGACCUCCACCCUGCGGCACGAAGAGCAGCUCGCUCCUGGGUUUGACGUGCACGGGAGGUACAGGCCAGACGCGCAGCCCUACUCCUCCACAGGCCCCAAGGCGUCUGAGCCUAAGCAGUAUUUUGACCAGUACUCACGGAGUUAUGAGCAGGUCCCGCCCCAAGGCUUCACCUCCAAAGCAGGCCCGGGCCACUACGAGCCUCUCCACGGUGCUGCCCUUGUCCCGCCUCAGCACAAGCCGGAAGUGCCGCCCGCAAGUACCAAACCACUGCCUCCACCUCCAGCUCUGGUCGAGGAAGAGGAAGACCCAGCGAUGAAGCCACAGUCAGUGCUCACCAGAGUGAAAAUGUUUGAAAACAAAAGGUCUGCAUCAGUGGAGAACAAGAAGGACGAAAACCAUAACUCUGGUUUCAAGCCUCCAGAGGUCACGUCUAAACCUGCAGGUGCUCCCGUCCUGGGUCCUAAAGCCCCUGCUCAGAAUCAGCUCAUUGAACACGACAGAACACUGCACAGGAUCCCCGAACCGCAAAAACCUCAAAUGAAGCCGCCUGAAGACAUUGUUCGGUCAAAUCAUUAUGAUCCUGAGGAAGAUGAAGAAUACUAUCGAAAACAGCUCUCCUACUUUGAUCGAAGAAGUUUUGAGAGCAAGCCUUCUGCACAUGUCCCUGCCAGCCACCUCUCAGAGCCCGCCAAGCCGGUUCAUUCUCAGAGUCAGCCACAGUUUUCUAGUUACUCUUCCAAGGGGAAGUCUGCUGAGGCUGAAGCUGUGGACAGGCCGUUUGGGGAGAAGCGCUAUGACCCACUGCAGGCCACACAGCCUCCUCCACCGCCGCCCGCCCAGUACAGCCAGGCCGCCCAGCCCGGCCCCAGCACCACCCUCAGCCUCCAUUCACACACCAAGGGGACACUCGGCGAAGGUAAUUCCAUGUCAUUGGAUUUUCACAGCUCUUUAGUGUCCAAACCAGACCCACCUCCAUCUCAGAAUAAGCCAGCAGCUUACAGACCAGCCAACCGAGAAGACGCUGCACAGUCUGCUUUCUAUCCCCAGAAAACUUUCCCAGAUAAAGCCCCAGCUAACGGGGCCGAACAGACUCAGAAAACGAUCACUCCAGCAUACAAUCGAUUCACACCAAAACCAUAUACAAGUUCUGCGCGGCCAUUUGAACGCAAGUUUGAAAGUCCUAAAUUCAGUCACAAUCUCCUGACGAGUGAAACUGCACAUAAACCUGACUUGUCUUCCAAAGCCCCCACUUCUCCAAAAACUCUGGUGAAAGCACACAGUUCCACGCAGCCUCUGGAGUUUGACAGUGGAGUUGAGACGUUCUCGGUCCACGCAGAUAAUAAGCCUAAAUAUCAAGUAAACAGUAUCAGCACAGGGCCUAAAGCUGUGCCCGUGAGUCCCUCAGCUGUAGAAGAGGAUGAAGAUGAGGAUGGUCACACUGUGGUGGCCACCGCCCGCGGCGUAUUUAACAGCAAUGGUGGGGUGCUGAGCUCCAUAGAGACCGGCGUUAGUAUCAUUAUCCCACAGGGAGCCAUUCCUGAGGGAGUCGAGCAGGAAAUCUAUUUCAAGGUCUGCCGAGACAACAGCAUCCUCCCGCCUUUGGAUAAGGAGAAAGGUGAGACCCUGCUGAGCCCCUUAGUGAUGUGCGGGCCCCAUGGCCUCAAGUUCCUGAAGCCCGUGGAGCUGCGCUUACCACACUGUGCGUCCAUGACUCCUGACGGUUGGUCUUUUGCUCUAAAAUCAUCCGACUCCUCGUCGGGCGAUCCUAAAACCUGGCAAAACAAGUGUCUUCCUGGAGAUCCAAAUUAUCUUGUUGGAGCAAACUGUGUUUCUGUCCUGAUUGACCACUUUUAA